AUGAAAACGCCUGCCCACCUAGUCCAGCAACGCCCGCUGGCCCGUCAACAGACCUGCGAACCCAUCCGUACAUCCGCCCGUUUCGCCAUUCCGGCGAGAGUUCCGGCCGCACAACAGGAUUGGUGUCGCUGUGUCGGCCAUUCGUCCGUCAUUAACCAGAAGGCAGCGGGAGUGGUAGCGCAAUCGCAAGGUGGCGGUGGAGGCGGGGUAGUAGUGCAAUCACAAGGAGGUGGGGGAGGUGGAGUAGUGUCGCAGACACAUGGCGGUGGUGGAGGUGGUGUAGUAGUGCAAUCACAAGGAGGAGGCGGAGGCGGUGUAGUAGUGCAAUCACAAGGAGGAGGCGGAGGAGGUGGAGGUGGUGUAGUAGUGCAAUCACAAGGCGGUGGAGGAGGAGGAGUAGUGGUGCAAUCGCAAGGCGGUGGUGGAGGCGGUGUAGUAGUGCAAUCACAUGGAGGAGGCGGAGAAGGAGUUGUCAUGCAGUCACAUGGUGGUGGUGGAGGCGGAGUGGUAGUGCAAUCACAUGGCGGUGGCGGAGGAGGAGUAGUUGUGCAGUCACAUGGUGGUGGUGGAGGUAGAGUAGUGUCACAAUCACAUGGUGGCGGUGGAGGUGGAGUCGUAGUACAAUCGCAUGGUGGAGGCGGAGGCGGCGUAAUAGUGCAAUCACAUGGUGGUGGUGGCGGUGCAGUGGUGCAAUCACAAUCCCGCUUGGGGCGUAGAUUUUGA